AUGGUAUGCAAAUCAGACUGCACUAACUAUGUCCAGAGGCACAGGACUGGCUCAGAAGCUCUAUAAAGUUGCUGGCAAAGGAUUUCUGUUCAGAGAUCAGGACCUUCCGACAGAACAAUUAUGGUUCAAUCCAAUUUAACUCAACAGAAUUUGUCAAACAACUACACUAUCCCGGGGACCAUGGCACAGAACGCAUCUUGUGAAAACUGGCUGGCAGCAGAGGCUGCCCUGAAAAAGUACUACCUGUCCAUUUUUUAUGGGAUUGAGUUCAUUGUGGGAGUCCUUGGGAACAGCACGGUUGUUUUUGGCUACCUCUUCUGUCUGAAGAACUGGAAUAGCAGUAAUAUCUAUCUCUUUAACCUCUCUAUUUCUGACCUGGCUUUCUUGUGCACACUCCCCAUGCUGAUGAAAAGCUAUGCCCACGGAACAUGGACAUAUGGAGAUGUGCUGUGCAUCAGCAACCGAUACAUACUUCAUGCCAACCUCUACACCAGCAUUCUUUUCCUCACUUUCAUCAGCAUUGAUCGCUACCUGCUCAUGAAACACCCAUUCCGAGAGCACCGCCUGCAGAAGAAAGAAUUUGCCAUUUUAAUCUCUUUGGCCAUUUGGGUUUUAGUGACCUUAGAGCUCAUGCCCAUGCUUCUUUUUAUAAAUACUGAUCCAUCUGACAAUGGCACCCAAUGCAGUGAUUAUGCAAGUUCUGGGAUCCCCGAAUACAGCUUGAUUUACAGCAUGUGUCUAACCUUCUUGGGAUUCUUAUUUCCACUUUUUGUGAUGUGCUUCUUUUAUUACAAGAUUGUGGUCUUCCUCAAGCAGAGGAUCAGGCAGCAGGUCACCACUCUGCCCUUGGAAAAGCCUCUCAACUUAGUCAUAUUGGCAGUGGUGAUCUUCUCUGUGCUUUUCACACCCUACCACAUCAUGCGCAACGUGAGGAUCGCCUCCCGCCUGUGGGGCUUGAGGCGGCACCAAUGCUCGCAGGCCAUCAUCAGGUCCUUGUACAUCCUCACUCGGCCUUUGGCCUUUCUGAACAGUGUCGUCAACCCUGUCUUCUACUUCCUGGUGGGAGAUCACUUCAGGGAGAUGUUGAUGAGCAAACUGAGGCACCACUUCAAGUCCCUUCCAUGUUUUAGGAAAUGAGCUAAUGGACUGACGUUUUCAUUCAGAAGAGAACGAGGUGCCUGGGCAACAGAAAGUUGUACGCAAGCAGUUAUAAGCCAGUUAGAGUUUGAUGAACUCAUAGUUGUAAAUCAGAGAGGGUCACAGAUCUGUCCCUGAGUUAAAGGCAUGGUGUACCCAGAGUACAUAAAAAGAAGAGGAUGAGAAGAAUUUAUUUGUUUGUUCAGCUACAAAUUGAAAGAAGUUGGACUAGCACGAAUGUUUGGGCAUGUAAAUCCAAAACCCUAGGUGUUAUAAUACGUCAGUCAGUGUGAGAAGAACAGAGGGUGGAGAAAGCAGCCUGCUGUCUACAUUUAAGCAUUGGUCAGACUGUAAAAAAGAAAUUGGGCAACAUUCUCUAUGUUCUUCUUAUUUCAUACUAUCUUAUAACUUCAUGUGAUAAUUGAAUAGCAGAUUAUGUAUACAUUAUUAAAUAUUGUUGUUAGGAGUUGUGCUCUUAAGAAAAUUUAAACAGUAACAAUAAUGGGCAGGAAAGCACUGUAACAAGUUCAAGAAUGUCUAUAUAUUCCUUUAUAAUGAUUAUGAAUUGGGUCAACUUUAUUUUAUCAGUCCUCUUUUGUUGUAUAAUUUAUAGUGUAAGUAAUCAUAUUAAAUAGAGAUAUUUUAACAGAGGGAGAGAAAUGUUUGAACUUGACUAUAAGGGAAUUCAGAUGUAAAUGGAGCUACCAAGAAAAGUUGCAAAAACCUCAGAGUUAUAAAACACAAAGUGCCUAUUGCAAAACGCAAAGCAAGACAAAACAACACAGAAGUGAGUAGACUGUGUGAUGAUUAUGCCAUCUGGCAUUUAAUUAUCACGCUUUGAUCAUCACUGCAUGCAACUAUAUUAAAGUUUAUUAGCCUUGCUGCUCUUGAUUUAAGUAAACUUUGAAGUAUAUUAAUAUCAUAAAAC